AUCUUUGUCAAAGUGUUAGCUGUAAAUAUCUAAAUAAACAAAGACUUUAUAGUAAGGGAGAAGAAGAGGCUUGCCGCUGAAGGAUGAAUUGGGAAAAACUAUCAAGUUAAUAAGAAGGGGCCAUUAGUAGCCGGCUCUGGAUGCUGCCCUCCGUACUCGAUCAAAUAACGACACGAACACGACACGUUCUGAUAUAUGGAGGAAACUCAGCUUCCUCCGGGGUUCAGAUUCCACCCCACGGAUGAAGAGCUCAUCACUUACUACCUUACCAAUAAAGUGUCGGAUUUCGAGUUCACCACUAGGGCUGUUGCCGAUGUUGAUCUUAACAAGUGCGAGCCUUGGGAUCUCCCAGCGAAAGCAUCAAUGGGAGAAAGAGAGUGGUACUUCUUCAGCCUGCGAGAUCGGAAGUACCCGACGGGGCUGCGCACGAACCGGGCGACGGAGGCCGGGUACUGGAAGACGACGGGCAAAGACAAGGAGAUCUUCCGCGGCAGCGCGUUGGUAGGCAUGAAGAAAACCCUCGUCUUCUACCGCGGGCGAGCUCCCAAGGGCGAGAAAACCAACUGGGUCAUGCACGAGUACCGCCUCCACAACAAGCUCUCCUUCAAACCCUCUAAAGAAGAAUGGGUCGUCUGCCGAAUCUUCCAGAAGACCGCCGCCGUCAAGAGGCCUCAGCAGACGCCCCCCUCCCCGCCCGACGACUCCCCCAGCUUCGGCAUGCCCGUGCCUCCCUCGCCUCUGCAAAACUACAACACCAAUGAUGCCAACGUCAUCAGCAGCUGGAACGCCGCCGACGCCGCGCUCUCGUCGUGGCCGCUGAGUCUGUCCAUGAACUCGCUGCUCCUCACGGCGUUGCAGCUGCGCGGCCACCAGCCGGAUAACUACGGUUUAAUGCCGUUUGGGAAUCAUGAGUUCGGGGCGUCCAGUUUCAACAUGGGUUCCACCUCUGGGGUUGUGGACUCGCUCCCGCAGCCGCUGCCGCCGGAGCAGCCGCCUUAUAAUGUGGACUCUAACAUUUGGUGAUCAACAUUUGUCGACUAAAUUGGUCAUGAUUUAGAGUUGGAUGGCUGUAUGCUGUGCUGCUGUAGAAAUGUGAGCAAGAUAAUUUAAGAUCCGACUUUGUGAGGUAAUUAAUUAGGUGGGUGAUGGGCAAAGUCCAUUGCCGAAAUAAAUCAAGAGAAUAAUGGUAGGGUAUAGUUAGCAUCUCAUCGCAAAUAUCCUUUGUAAAUUGUAUGUUUUGUUGAAAAUUAAGUAAGUGCAGUUUAUUAGGUUCUCUCA